AUGCCGCCUUGCCGCCGGGGAGCUUCGGGCGUCCGCGUGCGUCCGUCCGGCAACUACUCCGCCGAGAUUCAGUCGGGCGGCGGCAUGCGCCUCCGCCUCGGAACCUUCGACACCGCCCAGGAGGGCGCCCGCGCGUGCGACGCUGCGGCAUGGCGCCUCGUGCGGUCCCGUCAGGACAUGAACUUCGCCGACGUGGCGACGCGGGAGCGGGCACAGGAGUUGGCGCCUUUCCCGUGGCUUCUCACCGACGAGGAUCGUCGCAAGCACCGGAGGCGGGAGCGUCGUCUCAGGCUGGCCGAGAUGGACGAGCAAGCCAUGGCGCUGUGGAGCUAUCGCUUCCUGCAAGACAUCAUCAACGAGGAACAGAAAAAACAGAUGAAAUAUAGCGCGCUUGCUGGAGUGGCUCGGGCGCACUUUAAUUUGCGGCGGCCGCUGGAGCCAGCGCACCGCUGCGUGCAAAAGCUGGCUAACCCGGCGCUGUAUUCUGACUUUUAA